UUAUGUUUUGUUGUUCUUGUUAUGAUACAGCGCUGUUUAUCUAUUAUUUUGAGUUGUUUUACUUGCCAAGGUUUAAUUUAACUCUAUUAAGUUUCUUAGCAGUAUAUAAAUCAAUCUUCUACAAGAUUUCGAUUGAGUCGGGUGAAAUAUUUAAGUCUAAUGGCUCUUGAAUUGACUCGAGUAGAUUACACAUUACUGGGCUUGACGUCCCCUCAGUGCAUGAAAUUAUUACCGAGCUCAGGAGGAAAGACAGUUCAAAAGGCUGCUAUUGGAGAUCAAGAUGGAGUUCUUCAAGUCCUGUCCUUGAAAAAAGGAGAAAUUCAAAUCAGCUUUAAAACUUUGCCUGGAGAGAAAAUUACGCGAAUCAGUUUGGGAGGAGCACUUGGAACCAUCCAAGAUAAAAUAUUCAGCUCGUCUAAAACAGAGGUGCGGGGCUACACUAAGAAAGGAAAAAUGUUCUUGAGCUUCGAUACUAGUCUUACGGAACACAUUAAAUCAAUGUAUAUCAGCGGUAGUGAUCUACUCGUCACUGGAGACCAUGUGUUCAACCAUUAUAAAGAUUGUAAAGACACAAGUUCUUACCUUUCUGCUGAUAAAAUAAGCGAUGUCAUCGCAUUGAAUGCUGAAAAGUUGGUGAGACUUGUGCCAGUGCUGGCAUGCGAGGACAGAUGCCUUCGCGUGUUGGAUGGGUCAGACGUGGCGCAAACAAUACCCCUCAACAGCAAUCCAACUUGUCAGCACCUCUAUCACAAUAAUGGCGGCGAUUCUGGCGAUUUCCUGCUCUACGGCACCGAAGAUGGGUCCAUUGGUCUGCUGCAGAUCACUAAAUCGGGCCACGAUGUGAAGUGGGAGAUGAAGAGCGACAAGCAGGAGGGCAGCGUGCUGUCAAUGCACUGCUACGACAUGACAGGUGACGGAGUGCCUGAUGUGGUGGUGGGGCGGAGGGAUGGCCUCAUUCAAGUCUUCUCCAUGCCCACAGAUGUCGGCGAAGAUGUACAUCCGCCGGCCGAACGCUUCUCUUAUACUUGCAAUGAAAGUGUUACCUCAGUACAAGGUGGAGUGCUGGGCAACACUGGGUGUGAUGAGAUUGUUGCAACUACUUACACAGGAUGGUUCUUCGGCCUGACGACAGCCGUAGUGGAGAAACAAGUGAGCGGCGACACGACAAGCGCCAACUCGAAAGUCGUCCGACUGACGAAUGACGAUAAGCUGAAAAUCAUCAAACUGCGUGCAGAGGUCGAUGACCUUGAACAGAAGGUGAUGAAGGAACGCGAAAAGUAUGAAUCGUCCACACAGGAAGACUCGCCCGGCUUCUCCACUAUUCCUUUUCUGUCUAUCUGCGACAAGAUGUGGCUGAGCAAGGAGGACGCCAUCUAUCAGCUCAACUUGGAGGUGCAGACUGCUAUCGACAAUGUGCUGCUGCAGAGUGAUGUGCCCAUUGUGCUGCUCGAUGUCGAGAAGAAUUCGGCGGUCGUUAGUUACAGCUCUUGUCAUAACUCAAGUGAAAACAAACUGUUGGCGACCUACCGUUGCCAGAUGAACACGACUCGACUGGAGCUUCGCUUCCGCACGGAGGAGGGGCAGCAAGGCACCCUGGUGGCCUACAUCACCCCCCUGGUGCAGCCCAAGUGCUGUCAGCUCAGACACUACCCCAUCAAACUCCUCUCGCUACACACGCGCUCUCACAACUUCGAUACUACAAGGCCAUACAACGUUCUUUCUCUGAAGGGAGGCUUCAGCCUGGCUGAAAUGCAUGCUUGGAUCUCGUUCUGUUUGCCCGAGGUUCCAGAGAAAGUUCCUCUUUCCGAUCCAGCAGUUCUUAUCUUUGAAUCAACUUUUGUUGGCUCACUACUCCGCUGCAGUUACAGCAAGGGUGAAGCUGAGUUUCAGUCUGACAACAUCUGCACUAUUUCGAUUUUGAAAGAUGUAUUGACGAAGGAAGCUACCAAGAAAAAAAUUAAACUGGAUAUUUCAAGUUCCAUCAAUAAUGAAAGCAUUGACAGUUUGCUUCGUUUGCUGGAUCCGAAAAUCGACUACUACUCAAGUCUUGAGAAAAAAUGUACACUCAUUGAAGCGCUCAAAGAUGUUGAAACACAUGAGGAGAAUGUAGCUGAAUGUCUCAUGCCUGAAUACAAAGAAAUACUGAAAAACCAAAAUCAACUUUUAGCUGAACGUACUAAAUCGUCUGGAUUUUUGGACAGACUCAAAGCAUUCAUUAUCGAGCUAUUCACGGACUGGUAUAAAUUCAAAGGAAUCAACGUGAAAUCCAGGAUACCACUCCUGGUUGAAAUAUUAGAUAAUUAUAAUUUCGAAGAACUAUUAAGUGCCUUCAAACAGUAGAACAAUAUUUUCUAAAUAUUUUGUACAAAUUAUGCACAAUAUCUUGCACAGAACACAGAAUGACGUGGAACUUUACUUUCAAUGAUUGAUGCUUAUUUCACCCAGAAGUUUUGAAAAUUACAAAGUGAA